AUGUAUCAGUUCAGAGAAAAGUGUUAUACAAAGGACCUCAAAGAGGAGAAAAUUGGAGACUCACCUCUCAGGGAUGAAGGAGCAUCAUUAAAUAUUUUCUCUGUGUAUCCCUCUGCAGGAAGUCAUGACAAGCCUUCCCUCUCUGCCUGGCCAAGCCAUAUUGUUCCUUUGGGACAGCAUGUGGAACUUCAAUGUGACUCUCAUAGUAACUAUUACAAAUUCAAGUUGUACAAAGAACAUGGUAAUCCUAUCCCUCAGAUCCAGGGAAGAUCAUUCCAGAAGAAAAUUGUCUUGGAUCCAGUGACAUCAGAACAUGCAGGGACAUACAGAUGCUAUGGUUUUAAUCUCCGUCACACUUUUAAAAUUUCAGCCCAAAGUGACCCUGUGAAGAUCAUAAUUUCAGGAAUCUACAAGAAGCCUUUCCUCUUGGCCUUACAAACUCCUCUGGUGAAUUUAGGAGAGAAGGUGACACUGGAGUGUCGAUCAGAGAUUAUGUUUGACACCUUCACUUUGACUUCACAUAAAUACGGAACAAUCAAGGACUCUCUCGAACUUUCUGCAGAACAUCAUCUAGGGGGUUCCCAGGCCAACUUCUCAAUAGGUCCUGUGACACCUGACCAUGCUGGAACUUACAAAUGCUAUGGUUCUUACAAUCACUCAUCAUAUGAGUGGUCAGACCCUAGUGUCCCCAUUGAUAUAAAGAUCACAGGUUUGUAUAAGAAACCUUCUCUGUCAGUCAUGAUGGGCCCUGUGGUGAUGUCAGGAGAGAACAUGACUUUGUCCUGUGUGUCUGACCUUCAGUUUGACAUGUUCCAUUUGUCAAGAGAAGGGGUACCCAAGCGACAUGGGCUGCCUUCAGUGCAGAACCAUAGUGGGACAUUCCAAUCCAACUUCCUUCUUGGUCCUGUAGUCCAGGCAGGGAAAUAUAGAUGCUAUGGCUCUUUCAGGAACUCUUCCAAUGUGUGGUCCAUCCCAAGUGACCCUGUCUACCUUCUUGUCACAGUCUUAGAAAAAGACAAUAGGGCUAUGGAAGUAGGGUUGAAGAGACACAUUCUCACAACAAGCCAGUGUGAAAAUAUUGUGACAAUCCUAGAGUCAGAUAAGCAGGAAAUGGACACAAAGUUGGAGGAGUCUGUGUCCAGAGUUGAAAUAGACAAGAACAAGUGCCCUGGAGCACCAAUAGGGAGCACAGAACAAUUGAGGAAGAACCAUAGGUCUUCAAGGACACAGAGAUUUUGA